ACAAGAUGGCACCGCUUGUUGUUACCUGGCUCAGGUAAGCCAGUCUACAGAGACGAGCAAGUCGCCGCGUCCCGUACCGUGGAUCCAUUUUUACGCAGAAAUUAUUUUAAAAAAUACUAGUUCUUUUGGUAACCGUGGAGUGUUUGGAGUGAAUUGUGUGCUUGGUGUACGGAAAAUUGGUGUAGUGAGUGUUGAAGGUGUGUCCUUCCAAUUCGAUUGUGUUAAGUGAGUUGGUGUUGUGAUCGUGCGUUGAUAUCUCCUACUCGCUGCGUGCAUCAAUACAGUGGAUUUGGCUUAUUACUGUGGAUAUAUCUUCAACCGUCCACCUCAUGCUGUCAGAGGGAUAUAUGUACCGAAACAUGUAGGUCAGAUGACGCCAGAGGGGGCAUGGCAGCGGGGAAGCUACGGGUAGCGGCCGCCCGAGGAAAUCUGCAGGAUGUCCUUCGCCUCAUAGAAGACGGGGCGAAGAUACAAACUGACGAGAAUGGACGCAACGCAUUACACCUGGCGUCGUCUGCAGGCCACGCCGACGUCGUCGCCGCACUUAUUCUUGCAGGAUGUGACGUCAAUGUAUCGGAUUCGAUGGGGUGCACUGCACUGCAAAGGGCAGCAGCCGAGGGACACCUGGAGGUUGUCAAACAGCUCAUCAAGAAUGGGGCAGACGUCAAUCGUCAAGACAACGUGCAUGGCAACACCGCAUUGCACGAGGCCAGCUGGAAGGGUUACAGUCACAGCGUCGCAGCCCUGGGAAAGGCAAAAGCCAACCUGCACCUCAAAAACUGUGGAGGAUUUGCAGCUCUCCAUCUCUGCUGUCAAAAUGGUCAUAACCAAAGUUGCAGGGAAUUACUUCUGGCAGGUUGCAACCCUGACCUGCAGAACAACUACGGGGACACACCGCUGCAUACGAGUGCAAGAUACGGCCAUGCAGGGGUCACACGCAUCCUUAUCAGCGCGCAGUGUCGGGUGUCAGAUCAAAACAAGAAUGGGGACACUGCGCUACACAUAGCCGCAGCGAUGGGACGGCGGAAGUUAACCAGGAUACUGUUGGAGGCCGGAUGUGACAAGAGUCUAAAAAAUAAGCAAAAUGAGACCGCAAGGGAAAUAGCGACCCGAAAAGAUCUGAACGAAAUCCUCGUUAUCCUUAACAGUCCAUCCGCUACUAGAUCCAAGAGCAAAUCGGGGAAGACCGGGCACGAAAAGGACCACAACGAGAAAAAGAGGGGUAAGAAUGAGAGCGGAACUAGCAGCAAAGAUAGCAGCAGCAGGCAGAAAGACAAGAAGAAGCAUAAGAACGCGCACAAGGUGCACUUUGAAAGGCCGACGGGCAAACAGUGGUCACCAUAUGGCUGCCACUAUUAUCCAGAUCCUAAGGCAUUCCCGCAGCCAAACCUGGACUCGCUGCCCCACGAACCUCUUAAGAAAGGAGAACAAUACUACCUGGACCUGGCCGGCAACAUUUGUAAGGGCCCUGUUGGCGUGGGCUACACAUGCUACUGCGCUCCUUUUUUCCGCCACAUGGAAGCCCGACUGGACAGGGACAAACAGGAACUGAAGGAACAUAUUGACCAAGCGCACCAAAGACUAGAUCAGAAAGUAUCGAGUCUGGAACGUCGUACGCAGGGACAAAUCUCAGAACUGACUCGCUGUGUCGUCGCAGAACGUGCACUGUGUGACCAACGCCACUUACAUUUGGCACAGUGGAUAACGAGGGGAGCGGCAGGACGCGGUUCUGAGCGAGUGCGUGGAUCAGAGCCUCCAGACUCAAUGGGACCUGUCCCAGUACCUCGAGCCCGAAGCCUGGAACAUAUGUUGGAUCAUCAGACAGAAUGGCGAGAACAGCAGCAAGACACUGCGACUAAUCCGAAUGCCACGAGAGUUAACAAGGGUCUACGACAUGAUCAAGAUCACCGUAGUCUGGAGAUGUUGGCUGAUGAUGGUGGAAAUGCUGGCUGGAGAAGACGUUACAUGAAUUCUUCUCAUGAGAUCUCUUGCAGACAAAAAAAUGCACAAGCAUAUCAAAGUGAAAAUAAACACGAAACCUCUACACCAAACAUUCAGCCAAAUCACACUUAUGCUCAUGAACUAGCAUUCAGAUUAAAACAAGGCAUUCAGAAAAGUCACAAGCUUCCUAAAUCUAAACAAGAGCAUAAUAAAAGUUUUGAGACCCUACUAGACAAAGAUGUCACUUCCUGGAGAGGCCAACUUCAUCGCAGGUCAGCACAUGAAUUACCAGCAUCUCGUACAAAUAAUGAAAGUACAAAUAAUCCAGAGAGUUUCAAUGCCCGAGACAAGCACAACCGUAGCUUCGACACACUUUUAGACCACAGGUCAAUUUCAUGGAGAGACCAACCUCACUACAGAUCUGUUAACGAGUUACCUGCGUCCCAACACCAAAGACCUCGCGAAUCUAUCAACGGACAGGGUUUGUGCCAGUCACAAGACCAUAACCGCAGUUUUGAUGUGCUUCUGGAGAAUGGUAUUACAUCCUUGAGAGAUCAGUCAAAGAAGAGAAGUGCAGAGGUACCUAAAGCUAGGAAAGAAGAUGGCACCACUAGUAGUCAUACAUCAACCUGGAAAGAGAAGUACCAACAAGAGAGUAAAGAAGACGAGCAAAGGCACAAAGAUACACAAGCGGACAAUGCGUCACCUGAUUGGCGAGAAGAGCCACUUCGAAGAUCAGUUCAUGAAAUGGUUGCAAGAUUUCAAAGUGCUCAACAAGCUAGCCAAAUAGUCCCUGCUUGGAAAAUCCAUAAUAAACUGAAGUCUGCCGACGCCGAAACCCCAAAGUUCCCCGAAGUGAAGCACGGUGAGCCGCCGGAAUUACCGAGGUUUGACGGAAGAAGAGAACACGAGUGGCAGAGUCAGAAUUUCCACAGAGGAAAUGCUGCAUGGCAAGGAGAAGCAGUGGCGGUACACGGUUCAAACCAUUACCGUUGCCAUGACGAUAAUGGCAGUUCAGAAUCAAGUGACGCAGAAGAUGGUGACGAAGAUGGCAUAUUAAGAAUCCCAGAAGCAGGAAAUCCAGAUUACGAGAAUGUCGUAGCAACAUGUCCGUGGCAAGUGGAAGAAAGUCGCCUGAUGUCAGGGCUCCCAUACCGCAGUCGCAGCGCUGUAUACAGUCCGACUCACGAGCAAGCUGAUCUUCACAACGAUUCUGGCUAUAGCACCAAACUGUAUGGGAGCUCAAAGGGGCCUUCUCCAUCUCUAUCAGGUCAGCUGGAAUGUGAGGGAAUACUCCCCACACAAAAUAUGUUCACCUCAAAUAAAUUACCAAAUAUGUGUGAACAAACUCAACCCAACAACACUGCACCAUCACGAAACAGAUACCAUGAGAGAGGGGACGGAGCCAGUGGGACCAGCAUCGUGGCGGCAAGUCUCGUUUGACAAUACGCAGACAAAUAUGAAAAAUCAAUAAACCUGCAAAAAAGCUAA